CGCGCGGCAAGCGACGCGUUCGCUUUUGGCUCCGGGUCGGCCUGCGUUCGAGAAUCCAUCGUCGCUUUCGUGACCAAAAAAGGGGUCGUCGUCGCAGCACGGACGUCGGACAGCGCGAAAAAAAGCAAAAACGAGGAAGCGAUCAAGCGCGAAGAGGCAAGAGGCCGCUCCGGAGCGCCCUUUCCCGCCGCGACCGGCAGUGUGCCACAGUAGGUCACGGCGCCAGCCGCGGUCCAAGUCUAUAAAUAAGCGGCGACGGCGGCGCAGGGCUCGAGCUCUGCCUCCUAGUUGCGCCGCGGCCCUCGUCGAGCGACAUGCCCGGAGGCUGCCUCGCCGAGCGGAGGACCGGCGGAGCGAGGGUUCCCCCGCGGCGGCGGCGGCGGCGGCGGCUGCUGCUGCUGCACUCCCCGACGGCGAUGUGGACGCACUGGCUCGCGCUGGCCUGGCUGCUGCGGCCGGGCUGCUGCGCGUCGACGGUCGUCCUGGGCGGCUUCUUCGGCGGCGAGGAGGCGCUCGGGCGGCGCACGUUCCUGGCGGCGGCGCGCGCGGUCAGCGGCUGCGCCGACAGUCCCGAGGUCUGCGAGCUGAUGCGCCCGAGCGACGAGCACGUGGACCUGGGCGAAUACCACCGGCUGCGGCUCGAGGCGCUGGCCGUGGAGGUCGGCGAGGAUGGCGGCGAGGACGGCGGCGAGGACGGCGGUGACCUCCUCCGCGUCGGCGAGAAGUUCGAGCAGAUCGCGAGCGCCGACGAGCAGCGCGGCUUGGCGGCGGUCAUCGGACCGCACGAGGGCGUCGCCUCACUGUACGUGCAGGGCCUGUGCGAGCGGCUGGACGUGCCGCAGAUGGUGAUCCGGCGCGAGGUCGGGGAGUCGCGGGACCCCCCACGGGCGAUCAACCUCUAUCCUGACACGAGGACGCUGGGCAACGUCUACGUGCAGAUGAUACAGCGGAUGAAGUGGGGGUCCUUCUCGAUACUGUACGACACCACGGACAGUCUGAUAGCCGUGCGGGACGUGCUGAAGCUGGCCGAGCCCUACACCCGUGACAUCCGGGCCUUCAAGCUGGGCGGCGGGCCAAACUUCAGCGAGCCACUGCUGGCCGCGAAGGCCUCGGGCCACAGGAGCUUCCUGCUGAGCUGCGACUACGAGGUGCUGUUCGCCGCGAUGAAGCAGGCGCAGGAGGUCGGGCUGAUGUCAGAGGCGUACAAGUACUUGGUGACUUCCCUGGUACGGCGGGAUCUGCAGGCGAUCGACCUGUGGCCGUUCAGGCACACCGGCGCCAACAUCACGGGCCUGCGACUGGUCGACCCGGACGAGCCGUUGACCGCGCGCCUGCCCGAGCUCGGCCUGGAGUCGGCGGACCGGCUGCGCGUCCACGACGCCCUGACGUUCGACGCCGUGGCGCUGUUCGCGCAGGCCUACAAAGACCUGGCCUACAACGAGCCCGGGGCCGGCGAGUCUCGGCGCGUGCGGCCGCACGGGCUCAGCCUGCGCAACUACAUGCUGUCGAGCCAGCUGAACGGCCUGACGGGGCCGCUGGCGUUCGACGCGGACGGCGCGCGGCGCGGCUUCAGGCUGGGCGUGCUGAACCUGCGCCCGACGGGUCUGGCGGCGGUCGGCACCUGGGAGCCCGAGCGCGGCUUCGGCGACGUCAGCCUCGCCGGCGACACGCCGAUGGAGCACGUCAAGGUCCUCAUUACCAUGAACGCGCCGUACGCGCAGAAGGUCAGCCAGUCGUACCGGCUGACGGGCAACGAUCGCUACGAGGGCUUCGUCGUCGACAUCAUCAAGGCGCUCGCGCGCGAGAUGAGCUUCAACUUCACGCUCUACGUGCAGGAGGACUCGGACAACGGCGGCUGCUCCAAGGACCCGCUCACCCAGCAGUGCAGCUGCGGCGGCAUGAUGGGCAAGCUGCUGCGAGACGAGAUGGACAUGGCCAUCACGGACCUGACCAUCACGGAGAGCCGCGCCAAGUGCAUCACCUUCUCCACGACCUUCAUGAGCCUGGGCAUGAGCAUUCUGUACAAGAAGCCGCAGAAGGCCAAGCCCCAGUGGUACUCGUUCUUCAUGCCCUUCAACGCCAGCGUCUGGAUGAACCUGGCGAUCGCCUGGAUCGUCGUGGCCGUCUUCUUCUACGUGCUGGCGCGCCUCAGUGCCGACGAGUGGGCCAACCCGUACCCUUGCAUCGACGAGCCCGACGAGCUGGAGAAUCAGUUCAGCAUCGACAACGCCAUCUGGUUCGCCAUCGGCGCCCUCCUGCAGCAGGGCUCCGAGCUCGCGCCCAUCGCCCAGUCGACGAGGAUCCUGGCGGGCUCGUGGUGGUUCUUCUGCCUCAUCAUCUGCAACACCUACACGGCCAACCUGGCCGCCUUCCUGACGAGCGAGAAGCCCGAGGUGAUCGUCGAUGACAUCAGCGACCUGUUCAACCAGACGACCAUCAAGUACGGGGCGAAGCGCGGCGGUGCCACCUUCAAGUACUUCGAGAGCUCGACGCAGCCGGAGAUCCGGGCCAUGUACGAGACCAUGAUCGAGCCCGAGUGGAACAAGCAGUGGAUGGUGGGCUCGAACGACGAGGGUAUCGCGCUGGCGGCCGACGACAGCAAGAACUUCGCCUUCUUCACCGAGUCGCCGACCAUCGAGUACGUGCAGCACCGCAUCUGCAACCUGGAGCAGGCGGGUGGCCUGAUCGACCAGAAGGCCUACGCCAUCGGCUACGCCUCGAAUUUCAGGCACGUGCUCGAGACGAACGCCGUCAUGUCCAAGCUGAACGAGCGCGGCGUGAUCAAGGAGCUCUACAAGAAGUGGUGGACGGAGAAGGGCGCCGUGUGCACCGACAGCACCUCCAGCAUGCCCGAGCCCAUGACCCUCACCCAGCUGGUCGGCGUGUUCUACGUGCUGGGCGGCGGCCUGCUCGUCUCCAUCCUCGUCAUGUGCCUGGAGUUCGCGCUCAACGUGCGCUCCGUGGCCAGGGCGACCAAGGUCGCGCCCGGCCAGGUGUUGGCGCGCGAGCUCAGCUUCAUCCGGAGCAUGCGGGAGGCCAAGCCGGUGCUCGCCGAGCGGAGCGCGGAGGAGGACCAGCAGCUCGCCGCGAAGGAGACCGGCUCGCCGCCCCGGCCGGCCGAUCUGGUCGAGGCUCCGCCGCAAUAAACCUCAGCCACGUCAGCAGCUCUGUCUUGUCUGUUUCGCCCUGUCCCCCUCGAACCGCGCCGCGGCCGAGCUCGACGCGAUCGCUCGCCUCGCCGACUCGGAGAACGGCGUUAUCUCGCGGCCGGCCGGCGAGUUAUCGCGUGAACUUUCCCC